UUGCCUUGUAGACUAACCUUGUGCGGAGCAGGUCCGCCCGCUUUUACGGGAUCUGCAGGCGGAGCCAGAGACGUUCAGCGAGUGACCUGGGUCCCCGGAAGUAGUGGAAGUGUGCAGCACGUGGGUGCCGGUACCGGAGAAUGAAGCUUCUGACACAUAAUGUGCUGCGGAGCCACGUUAGCGGGGUGACACGAGGCUUCCCGCUCCUCAUCCGGGCAGAUGAGGUGAAGCUUAAUACUGUGGACUUCAACCGAGAGUUUGUGACGCGUAUGAUCCCCAGGCUGGAAUGGGAGGCACUAGUGCAGACUGCAGAGAGCCUGGGGCAUGGCUCAGACCUUCCACGAGAGCUCGUAUCUGGAUAUGAAAAUGAUGAGGACUUCUUGAAGAAAGUUCACCAUGUAUUGCUGGAGGUCGAAGUCAUUGAAGGUGCCUUGAAAUGUCCCGAGUCUGGAACAGAAUUUCCCAUUAACAGAGGGAUUCCCAACAUGCUCAUUAAUGAGGAGGAGUCCUAAUGAGCUAUUCUGUUCCCCGACCUGUAAAUAUUUGAUCCCUCUGCCCUCGUUCUGUUCUUAUUAAAUGCUGUUUGUUGUUGUA